AAGAAACCAAAGAUCGAGACGUCGCUAUGCAUCUGUACCGCAUCUGUGCCCGCAUCGCUAGAGCCUGGGUGCGGUGAACGUUGUCUGAAUCGCGUCAUGGAUUAUGAAUGCGAUCCAGAUAACUGUGGCCUUGGAGACUUGUGCACAAAUCGCGAUUUCAAUGGCUUGCGAUUCAGGUCAAAAUGUGAUCUGUCCAGUACCGGUGUCGAGCUGUUCAAGACUCCAGACCGGGGCUUCGGUGUUCGCGCUUGCACGCAAUUCGAGCCGCGCCAGAUCAUCGUCGAACACACUGGGGAGAAUAUCACACCCAGUGAGGCUGGCAGGAGAAUGGAAGAGGAUUCCAAGGAUAAGGCCCUGAGACUCGAUAUCGUGAUCAGCUUUGGUCGUGCGCUCACAUUCCCCCAGAACUUCUAUCAAAUGGACUUUGACCGAGGCAUGAUCCUCGAUGCCACCAAAGGCUCUAUCGCUCGUUUCGUCAACCAUUCCUGCGAGCCCAACUGCAAGAUGCUCAAAAGAUUUGUCAAAGGUCAACCCCGAACGGCUUUGUUUGCAGGUGACUAUGGCAUUUUGACCGGCCAGGAGUUGACUUAUGACUACGACUUCAAUCCUUACUCCACUAAGGAUGUCCAGGAGUGCCGUUGUGGUUCAAGCAACUGCCGAGGCAUCCUAGGCCCGAGACUCAAA